CUUCCCAUGGUUAUUAAUAGUACUUGCCCUAUUCGAUAUAUUCAUGUAAGACUUGUUGCUGUUUAGAGGUGCAGAAACGGUCAUAUAGCAAUAUAUAAAGAAUAACUGUACAGGGAGGUUAUCCACAGUUAACUGCUACCCAACAUGCAUCAAACGGCGUUAGAACUAUCAAGCGCAUCGCCUGGAAACAGCAGUUAAUAUGUAUGAAGCAAGGGGAAACAAGCUCGGCCCGAAGAGAACCAUCGCGCUUGUUCAGCGAUGACGAUCUAGGGCGUCCUGUCUAUUGAUAGCGAUGGCCGAAGCGGCCUCAACCCCAGGGGCUGAAUCAGGCUACCCCCGGGAUCAGAUUCUGGCGACUCUUUACGGUCAGGCUGUGGGGGAUGCUAUUGGCUUGCUCACUGAGUUCCUUACCAAGGAGGAGGCUAAGGAGGAAUACGGUGAAGUUAGAAAACAGCUUGAAUUAGAACACAAGCAUCUAUGGCCUGAUGUACACAGAACACGGUGGGAGGAGGGCGACUGGACGGAUGACACGGACCAGAUGAUACUCAUUCUACAGAGUCUUAUAGAUAACGAUGGACAGGUUAAACCCGAGGAUUUUGCAGAAAGGUUGAAGUUUUGGUCUCGAAAUGGCUUUCCUGAACUUGGCGAUCGCGUCGGCAUGGGAAUCGGUACUACAACAGCAAAGGUUAUUGCCAACCCCGAAUUUGUCACACAGCCACACAAGGCUGCGCGCGAAUGGUGGGAAAGUGGGAAAAUGGCGGCAUCAAACGGAGCUGUGAUGAGAACCUCUAUUCUGGGCGUUCAGCAGUUUUGGGAUACGGAGGCUGUGGCUCACAAUGCCCUGGAUAUAUGCAGAACUACGCACUACGACCCCAGGUGUCAGGCAUCGACAGUUGCUGUGUCGGUGGCAAUAAGUCUGAUGUUGAAGAGAGCGCCACAACACAUGAAGCGCAGCGGGAAAUACAGGGUGAAUGUAAUCAUACAGGACAGCUUUCACAUGGCCGCUGCGUGCCUUCAAACACAGGAAGAGAAAAAGGAACUGAAGUCAUUCCUGGAGAUGAAGAACAUCCGGGACCUGAGGUUGUCGGAGUCCGGCAAGAUCGGCUACACCUACAAGUGUCUGGGUGCAGGCUUCUGGGCUCUCAAACAGAAGGACUUCAGGAAGGCACUGCAGAAAAUCGUCAUGGAGGGUGGUGAUGCGGACACAAAUGGCGCUGUGGCGGGAGCUCUUCUGGGAUGUAAACUAGGAAUGUCUGCACUUCCGGCAUCAUGGGUGGCGAAUCUCAAACACAAAGCAUGGCUGGACGAGAAGAUUGAAAAGUAUUUCGUCCUGGGCGAGAAAAUGAUGGUAAAAAAAUAAAUACAACCAGAAAGACUGUGAAUCUUUACUCAGGAAUAAAAAUUAUCGAACUGA